AUGAAAAAAUUAAAGAAAUUAGGACAACAUUUAGCAUUUAUAGAAGAUAUUCCACAUAUCAUCAGAAGAAUGUUCUUCACUUAAGGAAUAGCUGUUAGCUAUGAAAUAUUAUAUAGAUUAAAGGUAUACAAAAUAUCAUUCAAAAGAUGUCAGGAGUAUUCAUAGUUAGUCAUGGACAUCAAUGUUAAGGGUGAAAGUAGAGAACUCUUGAAAAAGUUGGCAGAUUUAAUAACCAUAAGUGAAUUACUAAAUGAAGACAUCACAUAUUAUAAAGAGACAAUCUCUGCCUAAGAUCAAAGGAUAUUAUAAUUGGAAUCUGAAUUAUCAAAUUAGAGACAAUAAGUCUAAUAACUUCAAAAAGUCAAUAAGGAAAUUUAUGAUAAGAUGAAGUAAGAAGCAAAAGAGGAGAGAAAAGAGUUAGAAACAACCCUUGACGUUGUAAAAGCAUAAUUCUCUAAACUUGAAGACGACUUCUAUUAAUAAAUAUUUAAUUUGGAGAAUACAAUCAAAUAACUCAAUGUAAAAAUUGUUGAAUUAGAAACUGGGAGAGCAAGUUUAAUCAAAACAAUACAUUUAAAGGAUGAUUUAUUAAAAAAAUAAUCAAUUCAUUAUGAUACCAAGUUGACGGAUUAGAAAGUCUAUUGGCAAAAUAAGUUGAGUGAGAAAACUAAUGAAUUAGAGUAGACAAUUAAGGAGAAUGUUCAGUCUUGGGAAAUUAAGUGUAAAUGUAUUUAAAAUGAUUUCGAUAUAUAUAAAAGGAAUGUUUAAGAACAAAUAGAUUAGUUAAAUUAAUUAUCAAAUUCAAGGGAAAAAGAUUAUGAAAAAUUGAAAGACAAUUUUGAUAAAUUAUUGGAAGAUUAUAAAUUAAAAGAGUCUUACAUUUAAACACAUAAAGAUGAAAAUGAGAAAAUUACUGGCCAAUUAAUAAAAUAAGUUGAAAUACUUAAAGAGCUGUAAAUAAACUAAGAAUAAAAAAUUAAUACUUAAUAAUAUGAAUAUAAUAAAAUACUUUAAUAAUAUAAGGAUGGGGAUUCAAAAUAUAAAAAAGAGUAGUAACGUUAAAGUGAGUUACAGUAAGAGAUUUCUGAAUUAAAAAUGCAAAAUUAGGAGUAAUAAUUAACUAUUCAAAAUUAUCAUUAAUUAAUCAAAGAAAUAUACACUAAUGCAGCAACAUUUUUAGGAUUAGAAAUAAAGACUCAACAAUACUAAUAAAUGCUCUAAUUUUCUUUAGAAUAUUUGCUAGUGUUAAUCAAAUCAAUUUAAGAAUAAAAGUUAGAGUUUAAUGAAAUUUAAAAUAUGUAUGAAACUUAAAAUUUAGAUUUGAAAAAUAAACUGAAUAAAUAAUGUUAAGUAAAUUCAUCUCAAGAGAAACUAAUUGCAACAUUAGAAAGAAGGAUUUCAGAAUUGUAAUUGAAUAUAAUAAAAAACAGUAUCUAAGGAUCAUAAGAUUCAUAAAAAAAGUUUAAUUAAAAGCAAGUGUCUUACUCAAUUCAUAAAUUAGAAGAUCUAUAGGUCUUUCCAAGUAUAUUAGAAUAAUCAGAUCUGAUAUAAUAGCUAAGUGAGCACAGUAGGCCAAAUGAAAUACAGAGUGAUAAGGUAGAAUAAAUUAAGACUUAAAUAUCAGAACACAUCAUUAAAGAAGAUAAAUACACAUAGACGGAUGACUUAGUUAUAGUGACAACAAAAACAGAAGAAAGAUCAGAUGACCAAUUAUCGGAAAAUAGUUAGGAUUUAUCAAAUACUCCAGAAUAAACUGAGAAUCCAGAUCCAGUACCUGAAAUAAUAGUAGAAUAAAAAGUAGUUCAAUAAUAAAAUAGAAGGAAAACUCAUAACUUAUUUGUUCCUCAAUAUGUUCCUUUAUUGAUGGGGGUUAAAGAAGAUGAUCCUGAAGAAAAUUAAAUCAAAAAUUAAGAUUAAGCCUAAUCAAUGAAUUCAGAAUAAAUGAAUGAUGUGAAAUCUAUCAAGAGUGCUAAAGACUAAGGUAGUAAUGUGAUUGAAAGUUUAGCAGUCAUAGAAGAGAAUAAUUUAUAACAAAUUGAUGAAAAUUAAGUACAAAAUGUGGAGCAAUAAGAAGUUAUAAAUGAUAAAGAAUUAGAUACUGAAUAGAACUAAUAAAUAGAUGAAAUUAAACCUGAAGAAUUAAAUUAAAAUAAUUAACAGUAUUCUACUCCUUUACUGCCAAAAUUGGAUUAAAAUGAGAUGACUUUAAAGGAUUAUAUAGAUUAAUAGGCACAAUAAGAAUAAGAAGAAGCAUCCCUUUAUGCCAAAAAGGGGGACUUUAAUUAAGAGUUAAAAUUGCAACAAUAAUAUAAUGAUUAUUCUUAUUCCAAAGCUAGGAAAUUAAAAUUGAAUUAAAUCAUAUAAGCGAAAAGACUUUCACAAAAGAAACAGCAUUCAAAAAAAUUUAAAUUGAAAUUAGAUACAACUUUGAAUGAACAUAAUCAUAUAAAUCAAACACCUGAAACUAUAGCAGAUACAACAAAUACAAAGGCUAGUAGAAGUACUCAUAUUCAAACAGAAUGGUCUCUUAAAGUAACACCUUAUGCUACUUUAUAAUUCUAAUUAGAGAAUGAGUAAUAAGGACUGUUAAUAAAUAAAGAUCAAAUUAAGGAAAGCUAAGAAUUCAUAUCAUUAUAAAAAGAGUAUGGCAAAUUGUAGAAUAGGUUGGUUGACAUAGAGUAAGAGAAUCUAAGAUUGGCUUUAAUAAUUGAAUAUUUUUAAAAAAAUCAACCGAUAUAAAAAAUAUUUCAGGAUUCCAGCUGUUUUUGUAAUUUAGAUGAAGAUAUCUAUGAAAAGUGUGAAUAAUUAGAUCAAUAAGUUAAGACUUUAUAAAUGGAGACUAACAAAUUGAAUGAGACUAAAGUAGAAUUGGAAUAGAAAGGAAGAGAAAUUGAGAAUUUAUAAGAUUUGAUAGCAAAUUUGAGUGAUUAGACAAUGUAAUAAAAAUAAUAAAAUUUGCAGUUGAAAGAUGAGCUUCUAUAGUUGUAAGAAUAAAUUAAAACAAUAAACAAAUAAAAUGAACUGAUGAGUCAAUCGGCUAAUGCUUCUAAGGAAUAAAAUGCCAAGAUUAAAUUACACUCAAAUUCUAUUGUAGUAAGGAAAGAAAUUAAAGAAAAGCCAAAGCCAUUAACACCCACUAAAUCAGAUUAAAUGGAUGAUUUGAAAUAGAAGGUCUUUUAAUAAGAAAAGAUUAUUAGAUGUUUGAACUAAUAAAUUGCAAAAAAGGAUGAAUUAUUGACAUAGAAGUAAUACCAUUAAGAGAACAUGGCUUAACUUUCAUAAUUAUAGAAUGCAAAUGUUGAAGUCUAAGACUUGAGAAAAUAAUUAGAAUAAAAAAAGGAGCAACUUGCAAAAUGCUAUACUCUUAUCCAAUAUUUAGAAGCAGAAUUGGAGAAUUAUAAAUCCACUUGCAAUCUAUUUACUAAACCCAAACAAUAAAAUACAGAGAGAAUUAUUAAAAGCGUUUAAGUCACCAUACCUUCUAUUCCUUAGACUAUUUAGAAAAGACUGCCUUAUCUAUAAUCGGAUGAAUAAUAUUCCACAAUAAGUCGAAGUUCAUACAAGAAGAGGUAUGUGCAUAUAAUUUAUAUUACUUAGAAACCAUUCUCUGUAUACAAAUCCGUUUGA